UUAUUGACAGUGAGCUAAAAAUCAGGGAAAUAUGAUUCAAUAAAAUCCGGGAAAACAGUAGUUUGGGUGGCACAGCUGGGCAGUGGGUUCAUCAGGUGGUUGAGUGAGAAGUAGGGAGUGCUCGUAGAUUAUACUUAAAUAUUAAGAUGAAUCAAGAUUCACCAUGUGACACUGUAAACCUCGUAAAUCAAGUGUGUACUGCAAGCAAUGGUGUUGAAUAUGGAAUACUAGAUGCCUCAAUAGUUUCUACAUUUUGUUGUACCCAGAUAUUGUAUGACUAGAAUGUGUUGACAGGAGCAAAUAUUAGAUAAAUUAGACUCCACUGUGAUACAGUUUAAAGGGCUUUAGCGCACAAGAUAUCAUAUCAAAAUGGAAGGGGAACCUGCACCGAAGAAAAAGAAUUUACAGGUUGAACCAGGAGCCGGGCCUUCAUCCCUCUUUAUCCUCUCCGAUACAAACCCUAUUAGACGAGCCACCAAAUUUUUGAUCGAAUGGCCUCCUUUCGAGUACACAGUUCUUCUUACAAUUAUAGCAAAUUGUGUUGUUUUGGCGAUAGAAGAACCCCAGCCUAACAGGGACAAGACAGAGCUAGCGAGGAAAUUGGAGGCAACAGAGCAGUACUUCCUCGGUAUAUUCACAGUGGAAGCCUCGCUUAAAAUUCUUGCUUUAGGGUUUAUUCUUCACCGUGGAAGCUACCUCAGGAACAUGUGGAAUAUCAUGGACUUUGUGGUUGUAGUGACAGGGUAUAUAACUCUGCUCACACCGGAGGAUGAAAAUAUUAAACCUAAAGAGGAGGAGAGUGUAGAUCUAAGAACUCUCAGGGCUAUCAGGGUUCUGAGACCUUUAAAACUUGUCUCCGGGGUUCCUAGUCUACAAGUUGUGUUGAAGUCAAUUUUCAAAGCUCUAGCACCAUUGAUGCAGAUCGGACUUCUUGUAUCAUUCGCCAUCCUUAUCUUUGCAAUCAUUGGUCUUGAGUUCUACUCAGGGGCCCUUCAUAAAACUUGCUACAGUAUAGAAGAUUUAGAUGAAAUAGUGCCUGAUGGGUCACGAAUGAUUGUACCCUGUAACGCAGAACCUCCUGAAAUAGCGCCUCCAGGUAUAGUUUAUAUGUUUCAUCACGUGGAUUUAAAAUAUAACAAAUUUUACGAUUAUUUGAAUGGACAAUUUUUAGAAAAAUGGCAGGGUCCAAAUUAUGGAAUAACUUCGUUUGAUAAUAUCCUGUAUGCUAUGUUAACUGUGUUCCAGUGUAUCACUAUGGAGGGAUGGACAACCCUUCUUUACUGGUUUAAUGAUGCACUGGGAAAUCAGUUUAGUUUUAUCUACUUCGUUCCUCUUAUUGUGAUAGGUUCAUUCUUCAUGCUGAAUCUUGUGCUUGGUGUUCUAAGCGGAGAGUUCAGUAACGAGAGAACACGUGUAGAAAGGCGGGAAACCUUCAGAAAGUUGCGAAUGCGCGAAAACUUUUCCCGCGCUUUCGAAGGAUAUUUUCAAUGGAUUUCUAAAGCAGAGGAGGCCAUCUUGAAUGAGGAAAGAACUACAGAAGAGGAGAGAAGGUAUAUAUUGGAGGCCCGGAAACGAGCUCUAGCUAAGAAAAAGAAAUUAAGAACUCUGGGUAGAAGAGCCAGGAGCAGAGAUUCAGAUGAAGAUCAGGAGGAGGAGGAUGAACUGCUGAAGGAUGACAAGGACAAGGAUAAAAAGAGAGCUGCAACCCAGGCUGCCUUCAAGAGAAAAUUUAAGAAAAAUUCAGAUUUCUGGGUUUAUGAGAAGAAAAUCAGACUUGUUGUAAGAAAGGCUAUAAAGCAGCAAUGGUUCUAUUGGUCUGUGAUAAUCCUAGUUUUCCUCAACACCAUGUGUGUGGCGGUUGAGCACUAUAACCAACCGGAAUGGCUUUCACAAUUUCUUCAUCUAGCGGAGUAUAUCUUUCUGUGCUUCUUUAUCUGCGAAACAGUGGUUAGGAUGUGGGCCCUGGGACCUUCAAUAUACUUUGAAGCUUCUUUUAACAGAUUUGAUUGCCUUGUCAUUAGUGGAAGUGUUUUCGAAGUGCUUUGGACCCAUUUCAAGCCAAAAGCUGGAUCAUUCGGUCUGUCUGUUCUUAGAGCACUUCGGCUUCUUCGAAUAUUUAAAGUUACAGUAUAUUGGUCGAGUUUAAGAAACCUAGUUGUAUCCUUGUUGGCCAGUAUGAAAUCAAUUAUUUCCCUUCUUCUCCUUCUCUUCCUCUUUAUCCUCAUCUUCGCUCUGCUUGGAAUGCAGUUGUUCGGAGGCACAUUCAACUUUGAGAGUGGUACUCCUGCAACUAAUUUCGAUUCAUUCGCCAUAGCUAUGCUUACAGUUUUCCAGUUAUUGACAAUUAUCCUUAUUUCUUCUCGCAAGAAGAAGAAGGAUGAGGAGGAGAAGAGGAUUGAGAGAACCAGGAUGAUGGAUGUCGAGAUGGAGGGAUUAUAUGAGGAGGAGAAGGAGAGAGCUGAAAAGGAGGUGGUGGAUGAGAGAGCUAAGUUUGGACCUGUUCCUGUCAGUGAGAAGGCACAAGAUGAAGCUGCACAGAAGGAGGACUACGAUGCAGCAGCUCUUGCAGCUGAGAGGGCAGCUGCUGCUGCUCUUGAAGAAGCGCAGCUUGCCGGUCUACCUCCUCCUGUUCUUCCGUACUCUAGUCUUUUUAUAUUCUCCAGUGAGAAUUCUUUCCGCUGUGGAAUUCACUCCAUCGUAACCUUCCCUCUCUUCGACGUGUUCAUUAUGUUGGUGAUUGUGGCUUCCAGUAUAUCAUUAGCAUCAGAGGAUCCGGUUAAUGUUGACUCUGACUGGAAUAAGUUCCUUGGACAGAUGGAUUAUGGGUUUACUUGUAUUUUUGCCAUUGAAGUCUUUCUUAAGGUAUUCUUAUUGAUACUUCACCCUGGAUCGUAUCUCCGUGAGAUGUGGAACUGUAUGGACCUAGUUGUUGUAUCCUGUGCUAUUACAUCAUUUACCAUGGAUAUGAUAGGAAGCUCCGGUGCAGAAAACCUUGGAGUUAUUAAAUCCUUCCGUGUUAUUCGUGUUCUCCGUCCUUUAAAAACUAUUAAGAGAGUUCCAAAACUCAAGGCGGUAUUUGAUUGUGUGAUAAACUCGUUGAAGAACGUGUUCAAUAUUUUGAUUGUUUAUCUGCUCUUUCACUUCAUCUUCGCUGUCAUAGCCGUCCAGCUCUUCAACGGCAAGUUCUUCUUCUGCAAUGAUGCGAGCAUGGAGGAUGCUGACACCUGCCAGGGCGAAUUUUUUGUGUUCGGGGAGGCCCUAGAGCCACCUUCAGUGUUCCCCAGGGUCUGGAGACGACAGAAGUUCCACUAUGACAAUGUUCCCGUAGCCUGCUUAACCCUAUUUGCUGUGCAAACGACUGAAGGCUGGCCAGUUGUUCUUCAACAGUCUAUGGCUGUAACCUACGAAGACCAGGGCCCUAUACCAAUAUACAGGAUUGAGAUGUCAAUCUUCUACAUAGUUUACUUCAUCGUCUUCCCCUUCUUCUUCGUCAACAUCUUCGUGGCCUUGAUCAUCAUCACCUUCCAGGAGCAGGGGGAGGCGGAGCUUCAGGAGGCGGAGAUAGAUAAAAAUCAGAAAUCUUGCAUCGACUUUGCCAUUAAUGCACGUCCAUUGGAGAGAUACAUGCCUGAGGAGCGGGAUAGCUACAAGUACAAACUAUGGCGACUGGUUGAAUCUACGCCUUUUGAGUACUUCAUCAUGACUUUGAUUGUGCUUAAUACAAUUCUUCUCAUGCUUAAGUUUCAUGGUGCCCCGCUGAUACUUGUGGACAUCCUCUCCUACAUGAACCUUACCUUCACCUUCUGUUUCUCCAUCGAGUGCAUACUCAAGCUUAUUGCAUUCGGACCAGGGAGUUACUUCAAGGACAACUGGAAUAUAUUUGAUUUCAUCACAGUUGUUGGAUCUAUUGUUGAUGCAUUGAUGGUGGAGUUUGCGGGAGAUAUUAUUGGGAAAAACUUCAUCAAUGUCGGUUUUCUCCGUCUAUUCCGAGCAGCUAGACUGGUUAAACUGCUAAGGCAGGGUUACACCAUUCGUAUUUUACUCUGGACCUUCAUUCAGUCUUUCAAGGCAUUGCCUUACGUUAUCCUUCUGAUUGCUAUGCUGUUCUUUAUCUACGCAAUUAUUGGAAUGCAGGUGUUCGGAAAUAUAGAUUUUGAUCCUGAUACGGAGUACAACAGACAUGUGCACUUUCAGACCUUUAUUCAGGGUUUAAUGGUGCUUUUCAGAUGUGCUACUGGAGAGGCCUGGCCUAUGAUAAUGUUGGCCUGCGAGGCAGGGAGACCAUGUGCCCUUGGAGCUAUUAAACGAAAUCAAACAACAGGAGAGUUACUUGAACCUGGUAAAUCGUGCGGAUCAAACAUCACUUUCCCAUUCUUUGUGACCUUUGUGUUCCUCUGCUCUUUUCUUAUGCUUAAUCUCUUCGUUGCUGUUAUCAUGGAUAACUUUGAUUAUCUGACUAGGGAUUCCUCAAUUCUUGGUGCUCAUCACCUGGACGAGUUUAUCAGGAUUUGGGCAGAAUAUGAUCCAAGUGCAGAAGGGCGUAUUUACUACUCUGAGAUGUAUGAUAUGCUGAAGAACAUGGAUCCCCCCCUGGGCUUCGGCUCCAAGUGCCCGGACAGAUUGGCCUUCAAAAAGCUGAUCAGGAUGAAUCAACCAAUAGAUGAAGAUGGGACGGUUCAUUUUACCACUACACUCUUCGCUCUUAUUAGAGAGAACUUGAGUAUAAAAAUGAGAAGUGCUGGAGAAAUGGAUCAAGCAGAUGCUGAACUAAGAGCAACUAUUUGUAAGGUUUGGCCGUACGAAGGAAAGGAUAAAGUUGAUCUUCUGGUUCCUCCCCAAGAUGAAAUUGGAAAAGGAAAACUGACAGUUGGAAAGAUCUAUGGAGGAUUACUAAUACUAGAAAAUUGGAAAACAACUAAAUUUGGGAAACUUGUCUCCUCUGAUAGACCAAAAGGGUCUCUCCUCCAACAAAUCAUGGGGUUGACCAGCGCUGGACUUAACGGAACUAAGGAUACAGAUUCAAACCUUAAUAAUCAUCAUAAGGCUAUGAUGAACGGUGGGCCCCGGAUGGACCUGAAGUUGACACCCCAACUGCCCAGCACGACCCCUCGGCCCACUCAGCUGGGCAGGGAGUCACCUCUUUCAUCCUACGGAGAGAGUUUUCAAGCGGAUAGCCCGGAUCCUAAAGAUUAUUUUGGAAGAUGGGACAGCAGAUCUCCCAGCCCGACCUACAACUAUUACAACAGGAGACAACAUCACCGGUCCCCACCUAAACGUGGAGCAGGAUAUAAUGAAUAUAUAAAUUAUGACUAUGAGAGAAAUAAUCCGAGGCAUGAGAAGAGAAGAAGAGCUAGAGAUAGUGGGUUUUAUGGAGGAGGCCAUUCAAGAGAAGAGAGAGAGAGUGUUCGAAGAAAAGAAAGAGAAGAUAGGGAUAAUAUGGUUAGAGAUUUUAUCAGGAAUGGCAAAGGAUGGAGUCAACCGAACUCUAAUACUGGAGAACGAUCUAGAAAACUCCCAAGAACUCCCGCCAACUCCUUGAAUGCAAUGGGAGUACUGCAAAGUAUGCUAGGAUUAAACCCUACACCCCUGGGUAGUAUGAACACUAUCAACGGGUCAGCUCCUAGUGUAGUAGUAAACCAAACUCUAGAUUUGGCUGGAAAUAUGGUUAAUGCGGUGAGACGCCUUCCGCAAGUUCCAGGACCUGGUGCACCGGCGCAGCAAGGAAUAUUUUCUAAACUAUUUGGUAAAAAGGAAGCUACAACCCCUAUGAUGAGUCAAACUGCUCAUCAGCUGCUGAACCAACAAAACAUUGGAAUGAACCAGCCGACCAUGGGAAUAAAUCAGCCAAAUAUUGGGAUUAAUCAGCAGAACAUAGGCUUAAAUACGUUGAAUAUGGGAUUAAGCCAGCCAUUAAAUGCCCAAAACAUGGGAUUAAACCCUCAGAACCUGGGAAUAAAUCAUCCAAACCUCCAGCCUUUAAACUCCUCUAGUUUAAAUCAGCAACAACAGAUUUUAAACUCCCAGCAAAUGUUGGGCCAACAACAAAUGAACUCUGUGAUGUAUGGGCAGCAACAGCAGCAGCUAGGAGACCCUGCAAUGCUGCAACAGCAGCUGUUGAUGCAGCAGAAUAUGUUGGGAGGAUCUGUGUCUAGUAUACCAGGUCUAUUACCUAAUUCAGGAACACUGCCAAACUUAAACCUGCCACCUGGACACCAGUCUGGUCUUCAUCCGUCACAUCAUCAGCUAGCUCAUCCUGGUCAUCCUGGUAGUCACCAACCUUUACAUCCUGGUAGUCAUCAACCUCUUCAUCCUGGUAGUCAUCAACCUCUUCAUUCUGGUAGUCAUCAACCUAUUCACCAACCUAUCCAUCCAUCCAACCAUCAGCCAACGCUACCGGAAACGCUUUCCUAUCCCUCUACAGGUUUGCCCCAGUUUUGCUCUGGAUUACAUCCCUCAACUCAGAGCCAGCAGCAGAGCAAGAAACCGGGCGAAGGGUGGGGAGGAAGAGGAGCUAGAUUACCAAAGAUACCAAUCCCUCUUCCAACCAAGAACCCCAGGAAGGCGCACACCCUGGUGGGCGGACCCUUCUCCCGGUCCCUGGAGGAGGUGGAGGAGGAUCUAUUUCUAGAGAGGGUGGUGACCGUAGGGCGGGGAUCUAGGAGAUUACCCACACCUGGAGGUACACUUAGGUCUAGGAAACGAUUAACCCGGCAGUCGAGUCUUGGGGAAACUUUCCGACGAGGGUAUAGUCUUGAUUCGGACGAGUUCGAAGUCGAAUCUAGAGAUUCGAAUUGGCCAUGACAUUCGAACUAAAUCAUUUAACUAGGGUUUUGCGCAAUUGCGCAGAAA